CUUUGCAGCCCGAGAUCGGGAUUGUCAAUCCCAACAACCUCUGCUGGAUGAUCAGUUUGUCGCAGAGUUUGCUGUACAUUCCCUCCUUGCACGAGAAGGCCGAGGCGGAGUGCGCGCGGAGGGAGCAGGAGCAGCGAGGACCGGGUGCGAGUUCCAGUAGUAAUUUUCAGCAACGCUCCCCGGAAGAUAGCGACAAACUCAGACAAUGGUGCCAAUUUUUCCGUGCCGUCGCUGGGUCGGGCGGUCGAGGACUAUCAAUUGCAAAUAUGUCUGGAUCUGGAGGAAUCCGAACUUUUGAUGCUUCCUUCGGAUUCUACAAAAAUCUGUAUUGCAUGAACAGCAAGAGAGAUCGAGUUUUUGCCACGGCGAGACGGCACUUCUCAUGCAGGAUAGGCAUCAGCAAGACCUCACAAAGUCUAGGAUGCUAGGGCAUCCAUCACAGACAUCUGGAGUCAUGCAAAAUGUGCAUGACAAACGUUGCAUUUUUCCUGACCAAAACAUAUUUGCAGUUGAUAAGGACGAAGCAACAACAAUUUGUCUAUUUACACCCGACAGCAAGGAGUAGAAGCGGUUCUACAUUAUGUUAUGUGGAAGGCGAAUUGGCGCGAACUAAGGGACAGGAAUUCUUGGAGACAGCAGGACCCGACGGAGG